CACUAUAGAUACGCGCUGCAGGGUGGCAGAGGCCGUCUGUUGGUCUGUGUGUACACGCGUUGGCAGUAUUGCCGGACCGAAUUGGACGCACGGACGUCAGAAGCAAACAUGAGGAUUAUUGAACACUUGGCACUUUUCUCUUGCAUCGCGCUUGCGAAUGCAGGCCGUAUCCUAGAAUACAACGCACCGGGGUGUCCCGAACAGUAUGGUGUACAAGCGUAUGCACACCCAGAGCUGUGCGAUCAGUUCUUCCUUUGCACGAACGGAACGUUGACUGUGGAGACCUGUGAGAAUGGCCUGCUCUUCGACGGCAAGGGAGCAGUGCACAACCACUGCAACUACCACUGGGCAGUCGAGUGCGGAGAGAGGAAAGCUGAUUUGACGCCUUAUUCGACUCCCGGCUGCGAGUACCAGUUCGGCAUCUACCCGGACAGCGCUGAGUGCUCCACCAGCUAUGUCAAGUGCGCUUUUGGGAUUCCCCAGCAGGAGCCCUGCACACCAGGUCUUGCGUACGACGACAGAAUCCACGGCUGCAACUGGCCCGAUCUUCUACAGCCCUUGUGCAACCCUGAAGCUGUCGUCGGUUUCAAGUGUCCAACGAAGGUACCAUCUCAUUCACAGUCUGCUAGAUUCUGGCCCUUCCCUCGAUUCCCUGUUCCUGGAGACUGCCACAGGUUGAUCACCUGCGUCGAAGGAAACCCUCGCCUCAUUACCUGCGAAGAAGGCAAAGUUUUUGAUGACCAGAACCUCACCUGCGAAGAUCCGGAAGUAGUACCUCAUUGUGGGGGACAUUAAACUCUUACAUUACGCAAAUAUUUAAAAUUAAAUACAACAUGAAAAUUAACAUCGCCUCAAAGAAUUCCUUGUUUCAAAUAAAAUAUUAUUUUCGUAAUUAUAAAAAUUCCAGUCAAGUAUAAGUGCGACUCACAUAUAAAGGUUUCCUUACAAGUUGUAAUAAGAUGGAAUUUGUCAACUUGCUUUUUAAACCGGCAGUGUUAUACGCAUUCUGUUAAGAUUUCAGCCUAACCCUAGACCCGAUAACUAUAAUAUUAUAAUACUGCAUAGAAUCAGACCAUAUCAUAAAAAUAAUAUCUAGUUUAAAAAAACGCUUAAAUUAAAUUUUCUUUGGUAUUCGAAAAUUUCCUAAUAUUAGAAAAAUCGGUUUAAGAUAAUUGUUGAAAUUUAAAAUUCACAUGAAGUCCUGUCUUAUUGACGAUAGAUGAAAAUCUUGUAAAUUAACAUACAUCUUAUUUUGAAAAUUGUAAAAUGGAAUAAUUUUAUCAAGUUAAUGUAAUGUCAUCGGUCUGCGAUAAAUCUACGAAGUUUGAACGAAAUCUGGCCGUUUAAAGUGGGUCAAAAUCGCGCCCAAAUGAGUCGGUUACAAACAAACAUACAUACAGGUGAAGUUAAAUAAUGCGUGUAAUAACGCUUGCUACUGCAUUUUCAUGUUGUUAUAAUAAAAAUAUAGUUUAUCAUGUGAAAAAUAUCAACUUUUAUUAUUUAUUAAAUAUUCUCUGACUUAAUGCUCAGAUACUCUGUGUAAGAUAUCUAUGAAGUACGUUCAAAUAAAAAUUGUCACAUUUUAUUUGUGAUAUAAGUUACCAUAGAUCGUUAUGUAAAAUGUAUUCAUUUUGUAUAUAUAUAUCUUAUAAACCCAUGUAAAUAAAUAAUGAUUUAAACUGUAAAUAGAGUGAUACUACAAGAACAAAUAAAUAAAAAUAAGAUUUUA